AUGGCAGCAACAAUGAACACCGUGACGACGCUUCCGGAUGGCCAGCAGAUGCUGAUGGAGCCUGUAACUGGCCAGUUCCCCCAGGUCACACCCGGCACCGUGCAGCCCGGUCCGUUGACCCAACCACCAGGCCCCGGCUACAUGUAUGCUGCGCCUCCAGGAACCGAGGCUGCACCCGGCCCAGGCUUCAUGUAUGCCGUCCCCACCGCGACUGAGCCCGUGCCCACGGAGCUGCCAGCUGACGCUGCCCCCGGCCCCGGCUACGUCUUCGCUGCUCCCGAGGGUGUGCCACCUGGCGCCAUGUAUGCCGCCCCCGCGGCCGAGGUGCCACCCGGUGCAAUGUACGCCGCCCCUGAGAUGCCGCAGGGCGCAAUGUACGCUGCUCCCGCGGCUAUGGAGGGUGCAAUGUAUGCCGCCCCUACUGCCAGCGAGGGUGCAAUGUAUGCUGCUCCCAUCGGUGAGGGUAGUGAGGGGCAGCCAGCACCGGCGCCGAUGCUGGGACAGACCAUCAUGGGAAACACUUACCAGGUCAGAAUCCCGGUGGACAGCAUGAGGGAUGAAAGCGGCGCCACGAUGACGCAGUGGCCCGCCGCCUUCAAGAAGAUCCAG